AUGUCUUUCCUCUCCAUGUUUCGCAACCCAACUACUUUGGGAUUACUCAAUAUCACUACCCUGCUUGGAAUUGGUGGAAGCACAUAUCUCCUCAGAUCGCAUAUGAUUGAGCUAUCAGAAGAUCACGAGGCGAAAAUGGACGAGCUCGAAGGAACCUUGCGAGGUCAUAUCGGGCUCAUUGAAGAGUCGCUGGACAGAUUGGAAGGUAAAGGCACAGAGGCAGACCGUGGAAAGAAAAUGAACGAAUAUUAUGGAAAACGUGGUCGGGACGAAAAAGCGAAAAAGUAA